AGAUAACAUUAGUUAUAAGAUCUUGGUGGAUAUGCAUGACUUUGUGGAUGGAGAUGUGAAGGUGAAGUUGAUGGGCGAGAAGGAGCUGUUGGUGGAGGCCCAGUCGGCCAGGUCCUCGCACACCUUCACACGCACCUUUUCCUUGCCUGAGUCCACUGACAUAACGUCCAUCACGUCUGUCAUGUCGUCAGAUGGCAUCCUGACAAUCACUGCGUCCAAGAAGGAGAGUGAAACACAACAGAAGACUACUGUCAUCCCCAUUAAUGUCAAGGAAACGCAUAAUGCUUCAGAAAUUCACAGCUCAACUUCCUUGACGACCUCGGGAGCUUCUGAGGAAACAGCAUCUGGCCAAGGAAUAUCCCACACAGCCCAAGAGGAGGAACGCAAAUACGCACGAUGCUUUCAGGAGAAUAUCGACGAGGACAAGACCCAAACUGCAACUUCCAAUAUCUCAAGCAACACCCAACAAUCAUUACAGAAGCAAUCGUCUGUCAUGACAGAUUUUGCUUCCACAAGAAUUUCCGACUCGCUGGGAGCAAAGAAAACUCUUGGGAAUAAGCAAGAAGACUCCUUGCUCAUCACGAAGAGAGGAAGCUUCUUCCAAGACUCAUUCUUCUCCGACAUACGCCAAGGCUUCAACGCCUCUGUCAGGGAAAUCUUGAAGAAAUGCAAUGACUCCGAUCUCACGGUGACAGACGAUGUCAGUCACAGUGACAUCUUGAGCCGCUACAGGCAGCUUCGAUCUCGAGACAUGAGGGAAGAGGACCAGGCCUUCUCCGUCACGUCAGACAGUGCUAGCCUCAAGAUCGUGCUUGACGUGUAUGACUUCAUGCGCGGAGACGUCAAGGUGAAAGUCGUAGACGAGAAGGAGCUGGUGGUGGAAGGACGCGUAGAGAAGGAGGAAGGAAGUUCAUCCGUCUCGUCACACUCCUUCAGACGCCGCUAUUCCCUGCCUCACCGCACUGACAUGACACACAUUACUUCUGUCAUGUCUUCAGAUGGUAUCCUCACAAUAACUGCCCCUAAAACGGCAGGAGAACCACAGCAAAACACGCACGUUAACUUCUCCAUGACUGAGGAAAGGAAGGAAUCAACGGUUCAAGACUUAACACCCAAGGCACUCUCGUCCACGACGGAGAAAAACAUCUCCGUUCACGAGAAUCUUGUCAAUGUAGAUCAGAAGGACUUUGAGUGCGAACAAAAACACAUGUACGAGAACAAGAUGAGAAAGCUGGAGAAAGAAUUUGAAUUUCCUGCUGAAUCCAAGGAAGUUUUAAAGGCCAAGAUCUGUCAAAAUCAGUCUGUGGAUGAGUCUACAACUGCAUCUGUCCAUGAACAUGGAAACGAUACUAAUAAUAAGGAUCAUGAACUCAAACGACUGACUGAAACAAUCAAAUCAACAAUCACUGAGAAAGCCUCUUGUGAUGACUUUAUUUCUGCCCAUGAAGAACAACAAACAUCCAUGCAAUCUGAAUCUGAGUCAACAGAUGCAAUCACACUGCGCGAGGAAAUCUUGCCCAUCACUCGAAGAGGAAGCUUCGUUCAGGAUUCCUUCUUCCUCGAUGUCCACCAAGAGUUUUACACUGCCAUCAGAGAGGUCCUGAAGAAGUGGGUUAGCGCAGACAAUGAGGACUUCCUUAGUCUAAGUCACAGCGAUAUUCUGAACCGCUACAGACAGCUUCGAUCCCGUAAUUUGAGGGAAGAAACUCAAGUCUCUAUCGUCACGUCCGACAACACUAGUUACAAGAUCGUGUUGGACGUCCAAGACUUCAUGAAUAGGGAUCUGAAGGUGAAGGUGGUGGGCGAGACGAAGGUGGUGGUAGAAGGACGUGUGGCGAAGAGGGAAGAAGGAAGCUCAUCCGUGUCCUCAUGCUCCUUCCGACGCUGCUUCUCCUUGCCAGAGUAUAUUGACAUGGCAACCAUCACGUGCAUCAUGUCUUCUGACGGCAUACUCACAAUCAUCGCUUCAAAAAUGACAGAAGAAUCGGAAGAAUACAAAGUGGUCAGCUCCAUUGAGGAAGUUCAAGAAUCCUCUGAAGUUCAACACUCAGUAUCCCCAACUAAUGAAACAAUCUCUCUCCAUGAGGAAUGUGAAAAGGCAAGCAAAGCCACAUAUGACUGCAUGGAUUCUAUGGCAGAAGAUACCAGCAUUGAGUUCGAAGAUGUAAAGACUCCACUCUCUGAAGAAAUGUGUCACUCAGUGAAAUCUGAGACAGCUCAACAGUUCCUUCUGUCGACUGAUUCUGCAGCAACAUCGAGUCAUGAUACUGAUUUCGGCAUUGUAGAAACUCAAAAUCAGAGCAAAGACACUAUUGGCACACUAGAAUCUAUUGUAACUGAAGAAGCGAUGGCUGAUGAUUCAGCUUCUGUGUCUUACUCUGAGUCUGCAGAAAUUACAGAAGCUUCCCUAUGUCGCCGAAGUUCGAUUGGCUUGAAUGAAACGUUUGGUGAUAAUUCUGAAUCACGUGACUUUGGAACUUCCCAGGAUUCUCUUCCUUCUGUCAUUCCCGAAGAAGAAAACGAAUCUGAAACUGUUGGAGUCCUUCAUCUUGAUGACUCCCAACAGGCAAUUGAAAAUCUUGACCUGCACGACUCACAAGAAUCUGUUAGCAUUCUUGAUGCAAAGGAUUCAGAAGCUGUUGAAAUACUUGAUCUGAAAGACUCACAGGAAUCUGCUGACAUUCUUCAAGUGAAAGGUUCAGAAGCCGUUGAAAUUCUUGAUCUGACAGACUCACAAGAAUCUGUUGACAUUCUUGAUACAAAAGGCUCAGCUGUUGAAAAUCUUGACCUGAAAAGCUCACACGAAUCUGAUGACAUUCUUGAUGUACAAGACCUACAGGAGUCUGCUGGACAUUGUUGAGGUGAAAGGUACAGCUGUUGAAAUUCUUGGUCUGACAGACUCACAACAAUCUGUUGACAUUCGUGAUGUGAAAGACUCACAUGAA